AAAAAUAUCUUUGCCUUUUUUCUCUCUAUUCUUCUUCGCCCUUUUUUCCCUCCCACCUUGAAACAAGCGCGAGCGAGAGAGAGAGAGCUCGGUGCUACUCCGAUGGUGGUGAUCUGAGAACUGGAUCUAGAUCUCUUGCUUGUCUUCUAUUUCAAUGGAAGAGAGGCCGUCGACGGGGUGGAGCUGUAUCCAUGGCUGUUGGUUGUGACCUGUGAAUCGGCUGCGAGCGAUGCAAGCGGAAAGGAAGGCUGCUCCUGCUGCUGCUGCGACGGCGGCGGUGCCGAAACCGGCGGUGGACACUAGAGGGAAGCACCGGAUCUCUGCGGAAUUGAAAAGGCUGGAACAAGAGGCUAGGUUUCUUGAGAAAUUUGAUAAUGAACAGGAAGAGAUGGAAGAGCUCGAGAAGACGGAGAAAGCAUCAGCAUCUUGCCAAGAGUUGCUGCACAAAGUAGAAAGCAAACCAGACCCACUACUGCCGGUAACAAUCGGACCUGUAAUCCCGACUUGGAAUCGGUGGUUCGAGGGGCCUCAAGAUUUGCAAGGUUGUAGAUGCUGGAUACUCUGAUUUUAAUCCCAUUGUCCUGAUUGUCAGCCAACCAUUAAAUGUCGAAAUAUUGCUCUCCCAAUCUUUUGUUAGUCUUAUUCAAAAUGAAAUUUGUUGUGCAUUUGCUGAUUUUUUUUUUAAAUCCCCAAACAGAUGAGUGUACAAACAUUGUGUAGCAUUCUGAUUUUAGGUGGUUAUAUGAUCUUGAUCAGGCAUUGUUGAAGUCA